UUUAGUUCAUGUGAAAUUAUUUGUCCAACAAUUUGAAAACCCCAUAUAAAGAUUUUGAACAGUUAGGAGAAACCUUUGAAAAAGAUGAUACUCUCUUCUUCUAACUGGUUCUCCCCAGCCCUUUUCUAUAGUAGCUUCUUAGCUGAUUUGCUAGACUAUCGUGAAUAGCUUUUGUUUUCCUCGAGGGUCAUCUUAAAUGCUGCUUGUGCAAAUAGUAAUGAGAUGACCAUAUCCUAACAGGAAGUGAAGCUAAAAAUUGCAAACGGAACAAUGCUCUUUUUUUUUACUUCAGCAACAUCAUGUAUCUUUAAAAACCUGUUUAUCUAAAAUGACCAUAUGUGUAGUUUUCGUAAGCUUUUCCAAUUGGACUUGUGAAUGAGACUCCUGUAACUGAUACUGCUCAUUAAAGUAUAAUAUGAAGGUUGCGUUUAAACUGGAUAGGUAUCCGUUGCAAGUACAGAAUAAAUAAAGCUUUCUUUCAAGACAAAACUUUGGAACUGUUCUAGUAAACAGUGUCUCAUGCCUCUACUAGAUCUGUCUUUCCACUGAAAGGAGAAAACUAAUUCCAAACAGAUCUGUAAUCAGCCUUCCCAUUAACAUAUUAAUGAAGCAGUAGAGACAAAAAAUAAGGAAGAUUUCAUCACUCCAACCAAGGAUUUGUCAUGUCUUAUCAUUACAAUGAAGCCUUUGAAAAUCCGGACUACCACUUUUCAGAGACACUGGAAAUUGAUAGAAGGAGGAGUCCUCAAAAGAAUCUGUUCUCUCACCAAACCCCUUACGAUUAUGAUACUUCACCAUAUGGUUCCUAUGGAGAACACAGUGAAAGAGAGCAGAAUUACCCUCUGGCCAUACCAAUGGCCUCCCUGAGACGUGGCUCUGAAUCCAGCAGAGGUUUUCCAAGAGUUGAUGUCCUAAGCAGAAGUCCCUAUGGACAUUCCACAGAUAAUCUUUCCUUUGAGCCUGAGCCAGACCUGGCAUACAGCCCGCCUUCUACCUUCCACCUGCUGGAUCGCCCCUAUGCUCACAGAGUUGCCAGCGUAUCAUACGGUGAUGAUCUUUGUUUCGUGAACAAUGACAGAUACAACACCUUCCACACUCGCUGUACCAUUAUUCAGAACAACGGAAGACCACCUGAAGAGAUCGUCAUGGCAUCUUCCAGCCUUUUUGAAACAGAUCCAGCGCAUAAAGAAGAGGACAAACUAGUUGGAAAUCUUGCAAGUAUGACCACCAGUGAAAGGAUUAAAGCGAUCCAGAAGAUGCCAGAGACCAUGAAAAAAAAGAGAGAGAUCAGGGAUAAAGUUCUCAAAGAAAUAACAAAAAAAUCAAGCCACCACAGUACUCAACUUCCCUGCUGCACGCACUGUCUGCAGGGAGCAGCUCUGUCAUUUCGGCGAUUUGGAAAUACCUUGUUAGAAUAUUUUAGCUUACUGCGGUUCUGGCACAAGACUCUGAAAAUCAUUGGUGCUGAGUUUGGAACAAGUGUUCUUUCUUAUUUUAUUUUCUUGAAGUGGCUGCUAGCUUUCAAUGUCUUCUCAUUCCUCAUAAACUUCAGUUUCAUCACAAUCCCUCAGUUCAUUGCAGCGGAACCAAAUAACCUUACAUUCACGGGUCUGGAGCUGUUCACUGGAUCUGGUUAUUUUCAACAAACAGUGCUCUACUAUGGCUUUUACACCAAUGCUACAAUCAGUAAAAUAACAAAUGGUGCAUCUUACAACAUGCAGCUGGCAUAUAUUUUCACCGUUGGAUUAUAUUUUGUCGUCUGUUUUCUUAUCUUGUUGGUCAGCAUGGCAAAAUCCUUCUGCAGGAACUUCAUUAACCCUUGGAUGUACUCUGGAAAAGCCAGCAAACUUCUCUGCACUUGGGACUUCAAUAUAACUAACGAAAAAGCCGUUAAGCUGAAACAAAAGAAUCUCAGCACACAAAUAAAGGAAGACCUCUCUGAAGUAAACCGAGAAGUUCUAAAUUUUUCUGUAAGAGAGAGAGUUGUUCAUAUUGUUAUUCAUCUUGCUUCUUGGGCUGCUUCUCUGGGAACAGCAGUAGCUGCUUGUGCUGGUGUUUACUUCCUCUCCAUUAAUAACCUAAAGCUGUUUGUGAAAGGGCAUGAAAAUGACCAAGAGACCCAAGCUGCGAUGUUGGUGCUACCUAUUAUCGCAUCUCUCCUCAACACAUUGAUUCCAUUCUUCUACUCAUGGCUUGGACAGCUGGAGAGAUUUCAGACUCCUGGACACCAGAUAUAUGUCACUAUUGCGAGAAAUAUCGUCCUGAAAAUAUCAAUUGUUGGAAUACUGUGCUACUACUGGCUUAACAUUGUGGCUGUGUCGGAGUCACAGUGCUGGGAAACUCUGGUUGGCCAAGAUAUCUAUCGUCUUGUUCUAGUUGACUUCAUAUUUUGUUUGCUUGGCUCUUUCUUUGGAGAGUUUUUACGAAGAAUUAUUGGAACUGCAUUGAAACUGGGGUUGCCAGAAUUUGAUAUUGCACGAAAUGUUUUAGAUUUGAUAUAUGCGCAGACUUUGACCUGGAUUGGCAUCCCCUUCUCACCUCUGCUGCCCGGUAUCCAGAUGAUAGCAUUUUCUAUAGUAUUUUGUGUGAAAAAGGUCAGUCUGAUGAUGAAUUGCCAACCCCCUCGCAAAGUCUGGAGAACUGCUCAAAUGACAACUUCCUUCAUGUUCCUGCUGUUCUUCCCUUCCUUCCUCGGAGUCCUGUCUGUCAUUGGAGUCACUGUCUGGAGGUUAAAACCUUCCGAAGAAUGUGGUCCUUUUAGAGGUUUGCCUUCCAUGUAUGCUGCAGUCUCUGAGUGGAUAAAACUACUGGAAAGUUACACUGCCUCAAAAUGGGUGGUGUGGAUCUACUAUAACUUAGUUACAAGUGAACUUUUUUUCUUCAUCCUCUCUGUUAUUGUUCUAAUUAUUUCUUAUCUUUACUGGCAAAUAAUAGAAGGAAGAAAGACCAUGACCAAACUCCUGCAUAAGCAAAUUAUAAAUGAAGGAAAAGAUAAAAUGUUUUUACUUGAAAAACUACGGGCACUGCAAAGGGCAAACCAAACGCCACCUGCGCCAAGAGGACAAGACCAGCAGAGAAGGCCCUCUUCAUACAACCCCUCGCGGCAACCUGCCCAGCAAGUGCCGGACUACCCAGGAAGGACAUGUGACAGAAACCAAAAUGCCGCCCUCAGCGAGCAUCCCUAUUCUGCCAGGAUCUCGACGGGGACUGGCUUCCCUCCAGAUUCAAAGACACCCCAUCUCAGCAGGAGGCCAGGGGUGUCUGAGGCAGUGGCGCUCGCUCUGCGUGCGAGGGAAGCAGCACAGUGGGAAGAUGAAGAGAGUGACAGUGAUUUCUGACUGCAAACAGGCCCAAUACAUGUUAAGUCAUUGAGUGAUGUUUCUGCUGAAAGCAACGCAUAUUUGUACUAAUGACUGAAAGAACCAUUCAAACAUUUUCUUACCCCUAAAUGGAAGAAAAAGUAGAAGAAAAAAAUAGAAAAAGAGAUUGCAAAAUGCAUCCCGACUGGAGUUUAUUAUGAUGAUAGGGAAUAUCCUGUGUGUUUGGUUUGUUUUGAAGUAGGACUAUUCAGGUGACCGCCAGGCUUCCCCCAGGACUGGACCCCAGCAGUGAGGGUCCCUUCACUGCUGGGCACUCGUUGCUGACUCAAUGUAAGGAAACUUGUGCCAAUUGGAAAUAAAAGCUUUGGUCUAAAUUUGGGGUUUUAUCAGUUAUGUUGUUCAAACUGUUCUUAUCUGCUCUAAGCCAAAAGCAAAGUAUUGGUCAAAUAAAAAUAGAAAGACAUAAACGUACAGUUGUUUUUAAUGCCUGAGACAUUGUACUGGCUGCAAAGUAGCUUGUGUGAACCCGAUUAACCACCUAUUCCAUUUUCAGUUUUCUGAGCCAUUUUUACAGUUUAUUACCAUCGCUCAAAAGCAGCUUUGAUGUUAAAGGUUA